AAAAUAUUAGUUAAUUUCCUUUACGAGAAUAGUUUGAUCGUAUGUAUGGACGUCCGUCUGACUAUCGCAAGCAGUCGGUCCACUUUCACACUUUCAUCGAAUUCAGAGUAGUACUGGAAACUGGAAACACAAAUCGCCAUGGAUUCCUUUUCUGCUGCUGCUGCUUCUUCUUCUUCCCUAAUAGGCAUGGCGCAAAAGACCUGGGAGCUGGAGAACAACAUACUCCCCAUGGACACCGCGACGACGAACCCGGACCCGGCCUCCGACGCCAUAUUCUACUACGAGGAGGCCGCGCAGGCCAACGUCCAGCAGGAGAAGCCGUGGGCGAACGAGCCCCACUACUUCAAGCGCGUGAAGAUCUCCGCCCUGGCGCUACUGAAGAUGGUGGUCCACGCGCGCUCUGGUGGAACUAUCGAGGUCAUGGGCCUCAUGCAGGGGAAAACCGAUGGCGACGCCAUUAUCGUUAUGGACGCCUUUGCCUUGCCCGUCGAAGGCACAGAGACUAGGGUUAAUGCCCAGGCCGAUGCCUACGAGUAUAUGGUCGAUUAUUCCCAGACUAACAAAAUGGCAGGGCGGUUGGAGAACGUUGUUGGGUGGUACCAUUCUCAUCCUGGCUAUGGAUGCUGGCUUUCGGGAAUCGAUGUUUCGACACAAAUGCUAAACCAGCAAUUUCAGGAACCUUUUUUGGCAGUUGUUAUAGAUCCAACAAGAACUGUUUCUGCUGGAAAAGUUGAGAUUGGGGCAUUCAGGACAUAUCCAGAAGGAUAUAAGCCUCCAGAUGAGCCAGUCUCCGAGUAUCAGACCAUCCCUCUGAAUAAGAUUGAAGACUUUGGUGUACACUGUAAACAGUAUUAUUCUUUGGAUAUCACUUAUUUUAAGUCUUCUCUUGAUUGCCACCUUUUGGAUCUGCUAUGGAACAAGUAUUGGGUGAAUACUCUUUCGUCUUCACCUUUAUUAGGUGAUGGCGACUAUGUUGCAGGACAAAUCUCAGAUCUAGCUGAAAAGCUGGAGCAGGCGGAGAACCAACUAGCUCACUCCCGCUUUGGGUCACUAAUAGCACCCCCUCCAAGGAAGAAAGAGGAAGAACCUCAACUUGCAAAGAUUACUCGUGAUAGUGCAAAGAUAACUGUGGAGCAGGUUCAUGGUUUAAUGUCACAGGUUAUCAAAGAUAUCCUUUUCAACCUGAGGCAACCCAACAAAGCUCGCAAAGGGCCAUCCGGCCAUGAGCCAAUGAUUGACGAACUGAUUUUGGCAUACUAGGCAAAAGAUGAACGCUUUAACUUACCUUGACCUUUACUUUUCCUGAAGACGAGCUGAAAUAUAAAAAUACAAGUUCAAUGUUCUGGAAGUUGUUAAUUUUUGCUCUGAUGUAGAUAAUUUGCACCCCAAUGGUUUUUUUUUUAGCUCUAAUAUUUUAAUACUAGAUGGCAACAAUUAGUGUCUCCACAACAGCUAUUUUAAUCAGAAAGUAAAACAUGCAGUUGAAACUGA